AUGUUUUUUAUUUAUAUAAUCUAAUUACUUUAAGUACUAGGAUAAGAUGAUGAUCCUAUUCACACUUCUAUCAUUCAUGGAAGUUCAGAUUUAGGAUACUAUUUUGUUAAUAUUUAUGUUGGCAAUCCUCCCUAGAGACAAUCAGUUAUUAUUGAUACUGGAAGCUCAAUAACAGCCUUCCCUUGCGAUGCUUGUGAUUAAACAAAAUCAUGCGGAAUCCAUUUGGAUUAAUAUUACAUUAGAAAUAAUUCAUCAACUUAAGAAGAAUUGGAUUGCAAAAGUCAAUUUGGAGAAUGCACUUGUCUGAGAUGUUUGAAUCAAUAAUGCAUUUUUUCUAUUUCCUAUUCUGAAGGAUCACAUCUGGAAGGGUUUUAUUUGAAGGAUCAAGUGAUUUUUGGGGAUUUAUUAAUGGAGGCUAAUAGUGUGACUAGUGUUUUCGGAUGCACCACCAGAGAAACGAAUUUAUUCAAAACUCAAUAGGCAAAUGGUAUAAUGGGCUUGUCUCCAAAGACUAACACUAGUCUUGCAUUUCCUAACAUUGUGGAUGAUAUUCAUACUCAACAUAAUGGAAUGAACUUGUUCUUUGCCAUUUGCAUAGGGAGAAUUGAUGGUUACAUGACAAUAGGAUAAUAUGAUUACAGCAGACAUCAGAAGAACAGUGCGUAUUAUACAAUUUAGUACAUGCAUACUCAAAAUAAGCCAGUUUAUGGUGUUAAGAUCUCUCAAAUUAAAGUUCAUAAUAAAACCAUCUUGGCAGGAGCAGAUCUAUAAUCAGGAGGAGGUUCAUUCAUAGAUUCUGGAUCUACUCUUGUGAAUGCUCAUCCUGAUGUCACAAGAGCAUUGGUGAAUUUUUUUGUGUGUGAAUCUGCUAAUUGUCCUCAAAUGCAGUUUAAUGAUGACUUGGCAUGUUAUGUGUAUAAUAAAACACUCCAUGGAUCCUUUGAGUAAUUUAUUUCAUUCUUCCCUACUUACCAAUUUAUCAUGGAGAAUAAUUUUAUCUUUGAUUGGACUCCGAGAGAUUACUUAACCAAAGACAUGGUAUAACAUGAUGCUUAUUGUUUACCUGUUGCAGGGUACUCUGGCAGUGUGAGAAUGAUAUUGGGGUAGGUGUGGAUGCGAAAUUGGGAUAUUGGUUUUGACAAGGAAAACUUGACUCUAACCUUUGUAAGAAGCAAUUGUUCCUCUGACUAAUUGAAACAUAAUUUCACUGCUGAUGAUUGGUUUUAAAAUGAAUUAAAUCAAUCCAAUAUCACAGUCAAAACUAGAUAUCCUCCUAAAAAUGUCGACUAAGAAUUUCUAUAUGAAGCUCUCAAAAUAGUUAUUGUGGUUCUUACAUCGAUCAUCAUAAUUAUUUUUAUAGUUUGUAUCAGAAAGAGAAAUUUAAGUAAACAGAAUAAAAAGGGAUCAAAAUUACCAGAAGCAGAAGAUGAAGCUUAGAAAGCAGUACAAAAAAAUGUUGUUGUUGUUUAAUGA